AUGCACUAUUCGAGAUACUCACAACUUCUCGUCUCCAUCAGCGGCCUCGUGUUCCUCGGAACGCCCCAUUUGCUCGAAGGAGUCGGUAACCACGCAUUCGGCGAAAGACUUGUCAGCAUCAUGAAGCUUGAUGAUGCUCCAGGGUUGCUUAGCAACAAGUGCCUCACGAGGCUCAAGGAAAGCAGCCAUAUCUUGGCCGACCUGGCCCAUCGGUUCAACAGGACGAAUCUGAGAGUCGACAUGCUGUCCGUGUUCGAACAGAAGGUCACCCGCAUACGAGAAUCUGCAGCUUUGCGAAGAUCCAAGACCAAGAAGAUCAUCCUUCCGGUACCCGUAUCUUCCUACCCUUCAAAUCCAAACACGUCAACCUACGUAAACCUGGGAUCGAGCAGCCGGGGGGAGAUUGAAUCCCUCCUGGACAGUUUCUCGAUCAAGCAAGCAGAUCCCCGGAUCCCCUGCUUCAUGAUGGAGACGUUGGUCAGAAACAAAAGCUUCUUUGGGAGGCAGAAGGUCUUGGAGGAUUUGGACAAGUGUCUCCUCCCUUCUCGGGAUCUCUUGGUGUCCUCCCAGCCGGAUCGAAUACGGGUCGGGCUGUUAUGCGGCAUGGGCGGUCUCGGGAAAACCGAGGUGGCGGUCGAGUACGCCUACAGCCGACAAGACGCCUUCGACGCCAUUUUCUGGGUCCGAGCGGAGGACACAUCCAAGCUCGAGUCGGACCUCGCGCAGAUUGCCGUUCGGCUCGGAAUCCAGGACCCCAACGAGCCGGACGACAAGGUAAUCAACAGGGGGCUUGCUAUCGAGUGGCUGUGUAACCCGUUCAAGGUAGAUCAUGGUGCAAGCAAUCCCGGGAGGGUCGCCGCCUCAUGGCUGGUCAUCUUCGACAAUGCCGACGAGCCGGACAUCCUUGCCCCUUACCGGGACAUCGUGGCUAGCGGCGCCGUUCUGAUCACCAGCCGGAGUCCGCUGGCGAGGACGAGCCUCUCGCCCCAGACGACCGAGAUUGACAUCCAGUCCUUCAGCACCGACGAGGCGGCCGAGUUUGUCCAGAGCCUCACCGGCAUCGCGGGCCACCUUGACGAGGCGCGCCAGAUCGGAGCGAGGCUCGGCGGCCUUCCCCUGGCCCUGGCGCAGAUGGCCGGUAUCAUCCGGCUCGAGUUUCUCUCGUACGCCGAAUUUCUCGAGCUGUAUGACGAUAAGGAGGAGGCGGCCGACGUGCACGGGACCGUGUUGCAGCCGCUGCGGGAGUCAGCGCGUGGCAGCUUGUCGACCGUCUGGGCGAUCGAGAAGCUCUCUGCGUCGGCCAGGGCGGUGUUAGAGGUGGCCUCGUUCCUGGACCCAGAUUGCAUCCAGGAAUCGUUGCUGACGCACGAGGCGGGCGCGAUCGACAACCUCAUACCCGAGUUCCCCACGAAACGGCUAGCCUUCUUUGCGGCGCGCAAGCAACUUAUCGGCUCGUCGCUCAUCCGGCACAACAAGGAGCUGGCCGAGUACUGGCUCCACCGAGUCACGCAGGAUGUCGUGAGGGGCAAGAUGGCUCCCGCACGGCUACACCAUGUCUUUGCGAAUGCCGUUGCCAUAGUCUCAGCCGCGUGGCCGGCGACGGCGGUAGGCGGACACGAUGUCAGGUUGUGGGAGCUAUCCGAGAAGCUGUAUCAGCAUGUUACGAGCCUGAGUGACAUGUACGUGCGCUAUAUCGAACCGGGAGACGAGACUCUCGACAUGGCGUUCGCGACGCUACUCAACCGCGCAGGCUGGUACCAACAUGAACGCGGCGAAUCGCGUAUCCAGAUACCGCUGCUCGAGCUCGCACUGGAGCUAUGCCAAGGUAUUGACAACAUCGACACGCGGGAUCUGGAGUCGGAUAUCCGUUACGCGCUCGGAGCGGUGGCAAACGAGACCAACGAUGCCGCGUCGUGCCGCUUACACACGGAGCGCUUCUUCGAGAUCCGCCGGGAGAUCGCGGCCGAGACGGGAACCGUCGACGAACGACUUGCCCGGUCCUACAACCAAAUGGGCAUCGUGUGGAUGAUGGCCGGCGAGUACAAGAAGGCCGAGGAAUCGUUUGCGACUUCUGCGCGCGAGUACGAGAAGAUACCCGGGUACACCAAGGACAAACGUUCGCUCGCGACCGGGAGAUUUCUCCACCCUUACAAUGCCCAUGUUUAUGAGCCCUGA